CACUUCCGGGUUGGCGUGUCGCUUUAAGCGUUAAUAGGCUCGUCUUGCAGGCUGUAUGGCGCUUCCUGACUGGAUUGUAACUGUCGCCACUGCAUCCUUGUUAUUUGUCAUAUAUUUAUGUGUUCGUCACAGAGUCACAGGUUCGGCACUUUGGAGGAAUUCGGUGUCCAAACUCAUGGCUCGCUCAGAGAAGCCCUUUUUCCGAAUUGCGUACACACUGUACACCAGGACCAGACUUGGAUACAUGUACUACAAGAGGCAAAUGAAAAAGGCCCGGGAACAUUACCCUUUUGGACAUUCCACAUCUCAGCCCAUGGAUUUCAACGGUUUGAAAAUAAUUCCCAUCCCUGUGCUGUCUGACAACUACAGCUACCUUAUAAUUGACACAGCCUCCAGUGUUGCUGUUGUUGUAGACCCUGCAGACCCACAAAAAGUCCAGGCUGUCCUUGAGGAUGAGAGAGUGACGUUAGAAGCAAUACUCUGCACACACAAGCAUUGGGAUCACAGUGGGGGAAACAAAGGCUUGAGGAGGCUUUACAACUCAUGUAAAGUCUAUGGAAAUGCUGCUGAUAACAUUCCUGGCCUCACACAUCCUCUUUCCCAUAAGGACACAGUAACAGUUGGCUGCAUGCACUUUAGGGCCCUUUUCACUCCUGGGCACACAGUGGGCCACAUGAUCUACCUCCUAGAUGGCCCGGCAGCUGGCGCACCUCCCAGCCUCUUUUCUGGUGACCUGAUUUUCCUCUCAGGAUGUGGAAGGAUGUUCGAAGGAAAUCCCUCAACUAUGCUGUCAUCUCUGGACCUAGUCGCCGCCUUAAGCGAUGACACUCUAUUAUGGCCUGGUCAUGAGUACGCAGAAGACAACCUGCUGUUUGCUGCUGAGGUCGAGCCAUGCAACACUGCCAGGGAAAGCAAAUAUCACUUGGUGCAGCAGCAGAGAAGCCAGAAGCUGUGCACGUGUCCCUCCACUAUCGGAGAAGAGAAGCAGUACAAUCCUUUUCUGCGCAGCCACUCUGCAGAGCUUCACCUGGCCUUGGGCGUACAGCAGUUCCAUGAUGAAGACUGGACCCAGUUCCGGGCUCGGGUGCUUGAGGAGCUGCGAAAACAAAAGGACAUGUAUAACAGGAAAUACUAGAAUACUUGGUUUAAGGGAACAGCGGACUGAAGCCAAAUGUACCGGGCAGUGGUACUAAAGCAGGGACUAUAGGUUGUAAAAUGAUGCCAAACUUGGUUCAAGCAGUCAGUUUGUAAACUUAAAAGGACAUUAAAGGUACAGUGUGUAAAAAUGGGAAUAUUGAGCAAUAUCUAGCAGUCAGAUUCUAUCUGACAAACUUUUAACAUCAUAUCAGUUCUAUAAAUUCAAAUUCUUCUGUGCACAACAACAACCACUCUCGUCUUCGCUGGCUUCCAACUGGUGAAAUGCUAAUGGCGCAUAGCUUGUCCGCUUUGUGCCACAGUAGAAACAUGGCGGUGCAAGAUAACAGCCUGUUGAAGGGGACGUACUCCAAAGUAGGCAUAAAAGGCUUAUUCUAAGUGAACGCAAAUCAAAUGAUUUUUAUAAUCACUAAUAAUUAUAAAUAUUUUAUUCCAUUUAUGCUGUCUGUCUUCUGUUUAACACAGCUAGACUCUACACACUGUACCUUUUAAGUAUUUUUUGUUGCUUUUAAACAACUUUAUUAGAGACAUCAAGGUACAUUAUUACAACUUCAUAAUUACAAAAUACUUAUAAUUGUGACAUUUCCAUUUGAAGUAUUUUGCUUAGUAAGCCUUCAUUGCAUCUUUGAUUUGAUCACGACUUUCCGUGAACACUGUGGUGAGUAAGUGUAUGGCCAGUGAACUAAGAGUGGGGGGCAAUCUGUCCCUUCUAUGCACAAUCUCACGCAGCAAAAGCUUUAGUUUUUUUUCCAUAGCAGAAAUGUUGUUCUAUUUAACUGUACUUGGUUGGUACUUGCACAUUUUUUUUAAUUGUAAAUGAGUUCUGUUAACUAUAUGUGGGGUUUCUUAGCUGAGCUGUUAAAGCAAAAUUGCCAUUGGGGCCACUAGGGAAGGACAGAUAUCGUUUGGAAUUUUGACUCAAACUUCCUAAUUUAAAGGAUACAAGACAACAAUAAUUUUAUGUUAUAAGUUGGUACAGCCAAUCUGAUACUUGAGCCUUGCACAUGACAUGGGUUAACAUGUUAAGUACUGUGUUGUUAUUGCACCUCUUGAGUAAUUCGCAGCACAUGACUGUGUAUAAAAGCCUGGCAUAGAGGUCUUGGAUAUUCUAGACUGUAUUUGGUAUGCUGCUUGCACAAUUAUGGUGCUGCUGGAAAAAUAAUAUGACUCUACUAUAUACUCUAUGAAAAUUGUGAUAUUAUUAAUUGAAUAUUUUAUUAAUAUGAAUGUUUCAUUUUUGGAAAUGUCUCUACAUUAAUGGUCUCAUUGAUUAAACAAAUCCUAAACACCAUUCUGUUGGUUAUUUGGCUUGAGAGUUGUUGCAUUCAUAGAGAAUGCACAAGCCAUCAUGUGAGUUUUUGUUUGCUAGAUCUGUGGGAUUAAUGGUACUUAGUUUUGAAAUUUUAAAGCCACUCUGAGGAACUUUGGUUUUGUGUCAACUUUGAAGCCUCUCUCUGGGCAAAUAUGUAAAGCUUCUCGUACAAUGUUUUUUUUUUUUAGAAAAAAAAUGUCAACCUGAUUUCUUUUUAUAGUCAAAUGUGUCCUUAAUUGUGAAUCUUUGCUGUUAAUUUUUUAAAGAGGCAGUUUCCUCAUCCUGCAACGGUUUGGUCUGACGCCUGCCUACUCGCAGCUCUUACAGGCCUCAAAAGUUGCAACCUUGUGGCACUGUUAGCUCAAAUGGUAGACUAGGUACUCGAUGUACAGAGACAUUAUGUAAUGCUCGGCGCACUGGUUGUAGGAAUGAUUCCCAGUACAGGUGGGGUUGUCAUCCCCCAUUGUUUCCUCUCAUUUCCUGUGUCCCUCUCAAGGUACCUCUCAUAUCAAACAAAGGAUAAAAAGCCCCAAAUCUGAAGUAAAUAAAUCAAUUCAAAAAAAAAAAAGUUAAAAAUUUGGAUCUUGUUGCUGACGGUGGUGGCAGCAAUAUUAAAUUUAAUAUAUUUUACCACAAAUUAAAAAAUCCUCUCAGGAGCUUUAAAGUGACAUUCCCAGUAUGAGCUUGGAAUUGUUUGUUUUGCUAUUUAACCUCUUUUUGUUUUUUGAGAUUUUUUUACAAUUAGUUUAAAUGGACUGUGGAUAGAGGAGGAAACUGGGAUAGAGCGGGGAAUUGACAUGCAGGAAAGGGGCUGCUGGCUGGAAUAGAACCUGCUUUAUGGGUGCACGACUUAACCAUUAGGCCAAGCACAGCUUGAUUUUUUUUAAAUAGACAAAGUAUUGUUUAUUAACAGUAAUUUUUCAAGUUGUAUUGGAUGCACUACGUAAAGCUGAAUGAAAGCUGAACAGUAGGAUCACUACAGAGAUAACGUAAUGUGUUAUUUUGAAUCAAGCAAGCUGUAUGCAAGCAAAUUUACGUUUUUGUUGUUUUACUCUAUUGUAGAGUUUGUAGUAUUCAAAAGGAAGAUUAUGACUGUCGGGAGCUUUUAUAUUUUUUUCUGUGAGUUACUUUGUGACAUUGGCUUUAACACUUGGUUUCAAUUUUCAGAAGGAAUAUUUUUGUAGCUGAUUAUAAAAAUAUAAAGUAAAACAUUUUUGUUGUUUGAAACACUUUGGGUGAUAUAUUAAGCUGUGACUGUACAGUCCUGAGAAAUGAUUGCAGUAUAAUAAACAGUCUUCUUACCAUGCUACUUUAAA